ACUAAACUGCACAAGAAGAAGAGAUGAGGAGGCCGCACUGCGCAAGAGUUAUAAAAAGAAAGUGAGACGACUCCACUUGUCCUUAUCAGCUUCUAAACUCCUUUUCAGUUUACACAACUUCCUCCGCUCCAGUUAUAGACCCCCCACGAUGCCUUCCAUUCCGCCUUUUUGUUGACCCACACCGCCGGCGACAUUGUAACCCUACUCAAGCCGCCGCCGACGACUGAAUCUGUCUCUUACAUAUGGGCGAGCAAACACAAACCCAAAUCCAAACCCAAACCCAAGAUCAGGCCCAAGCCCUCAUACAGCCGCCACGCCAUGACUCGUCCGCCGCCAGCGAUAUUCCCAGAGCCACGCCAUCGGCGACGGAACUGAGCAAUGCUCCUCCACAGACCUCCUCUCCCCCGUCCAAAAUUCCAUUUCGGCCUCGGAAGAUCCGGAAGCUCUCGCCCGAAAACGAGUCCGACUCGAAAUCUUCCCAAAUCGUAGUCGCCGCUGCCGAAACCCCCAAGCCCUUGGCCACUAAAUCCGCGAAAUCGAAGUCCGGCCAGCAGCAGCGCUCCACAGCCCUAACCUUGCCAAGAAUCGUCGCUAGAUCGCUCUCGUGCGAGGGCGAGGUUGAAAUCGCACUCCGACACCUAAGAAGCGCAGAUCCGGUCCUCGGCCCCUUGAUCGACCUUCACCAACCCCCCACCUUCGAUACUUUUCAAGCCCCAUUCCUUGCCCUGACCCGCAGCAUUCUCUACCAGCAACUCGCUUACAAGGCCGGCACCUCUAUCUACACACGCUUCAUCGCGCUCUGCGGCGGAGAGGCUGGGGUUCUUCCUGAGACCGUGCUUGCCCUAACCCCUCAGCAGCUCCGCCAAAUUGGGGUUUCGGGCCGUAAAGCUAGUUACCUCCACGACCUCGCGAGGAAGUACCAGAAUGGGAUUCUAUCCGACGCCGCGAUUGUAAAUAUGGACGACAAAUCGCUCUUCACGAUGCUCACGAUGGUCAAUGGGAUUGGGUCCUGGUCUGUGCACAUGUUCAUGAUUUUCUCGCUGCAUAGACCGGAUGUGCUCCCGAUUAACGACCUCAAUGUUCGCAAGGGUGUUCAGCUUCUUUACAAUCUCGAGGAUUUGCCUCGGCCGUCGCAGAUGGACCAGUUGUGCGAUAAGUGGAGACCUUACAGGUCGGUAGCGUCAUGGUAUAUGUGGAGGCUUGCUGAAGCCAAGGGGGCUCCUUCGACUGCCGCAGCAGUGGCGGCCGGUGCAAGUUUGCAGCAGCAACAGCAGGAGCAGUCGCAGCAUCAGCACCAGCACACUCAGCAACCACAGCUUCUGGAUCCAAUUAAUAGCAUUCUCAACCUUGGGGCCUGUGCUUGGGGACAAUGAUUUACAUUGGAAAUGAGAAGUUGGUCUGCUGUUCAUAUCUGUCCAUCAAUAAGGGCAGUGUACUUCAAAGCAAUUCAAGAAUGGUACUCUGAAAGGGAUAUUUUAGUGAUGAGAGCUGAGACACUCAAAACUUUGGAGAUCAGUGUGUCAUUGUAUUCAGUAAAUGUGCUUGGCAUUAAAUAAAAGACCAUCUAUGCUAGAGUUCUGUUAUCUUAUUAAAUGACCCUAAUUUCAACAGAUCUCUUGUAGAACGUAAUAGAAUGCCGAAACCUUUGAAGGCAGUUUGGCACUAGAUCUUGAUGAAUAUGGUUGGGAUUUCUAAA